AUGCUGGAAUGGCUUAAAAAAAUUAAUUCUGGAUCAAAUCCUGAAUUAGAUAGCACCUACCUGUUCAGCACUCCAUUGAUUCCAGUUGUACUUUUGUCGAGUUACGCAGCAUUCGUGCUGCAUUUCGGCCCAAAAUGGAUGAAAAAUCGCGCGCCAAUGAAUUUGCGGCACAUCAUUGUCGUUUACAAUUUGGUUCAAGUGCUUUACAACGCAUGGAUGGCUAUCCAAUUUUCGCUCGUGAGAACUACGUGGACCGUCGAAAAGAAUUUGGGAUGUGUCGUCAACCUGGAACCCAGCGACAACGCACUGUUUCGGCAGCAACACGCUUACGGAUUCUGGCAUUUUGCAGUCAACAAAAUCCUGGAUUUAUUUGACACGGUUUUCUUUGUGCUCACCAAGAAGCAAAAUCACGUGACUUUUUUGCAUGUGCAUCAUCAUAUCGUUAUGGUCAUGAACACGUGGUUCUUUGGCAAAUACGCGAUGACGAGCGAAGGCAACUUUAUGGCUUAUUGCAACAUGAUUGUUCAUGCCAUCAUGUACUUUUACUACUUUCUCGCUGCUUUGGGACCCAAAUACCAAAAAUACCUUUGGUGGAAACGGUACAUGACUCAGAUUCAAAUAACGCAAUUUGUGGCGAUUAUUAUCUUUAAUAUGAUUGCGAUGUACAGAUGCGGCGAAAAUUACAAUUAUCUUCUGCAUUAUGUCAUUGUCGGCGAAGCGAUGGUCAAUUUUUGUUUGUUUGCGAGAUUUUACGCAAAAUCGUAUAAAAAUGCGGAUAAGAAAAUGUCAAAAAAAGAUUAG